GAGGGAGGGAGAGAGAGAGAGAGAGCUCAGCCCCAAUUUUCAAGAUUUUGUUCACACACUAACAUUACCAUUUAUCACCCUAUAAAUACUGCUUCUGAUCCUUUUUCUGUUAUCAAGAAAUUAUGGGUGUCCGUAAGCUUCUGAGAUUCUUAUGGGUCAUCAGUGUAGUGCUGUUAAUUGAAGCAUUCUCAGGUUCGGGAUCGGUGAGACUGAAAAGCGUCGCAAUGAAUCCUCCACCGCUGGGAAUAUGCGCCUCCUCCGUUAGAAAGCAUGGUUACAAGUGUGAAGAAGUUGAUGUCACGACAGAAGAUGGAUACAUAUUGAGUGUUCAACGAAUUCCGGUGGGGAGAGGCGGUGCCGUUGGUGGUGGAAGGAAAAGACAGCCGGUGUUGUUACAACAUGGAGUUCUUGUGGAUGGCAUGACAUGGCUGUUGAAUCCUCCGGAACAAUCUCUAGCCUUGAUCUUGGCCGAUAAUGGUUAUGAUGUGUGGAUAGCCAACACCAGAGGAACCUCUUUUAGCCGACGCCACGUCUCUCUAGAUCCCGACAGGCCCGAAUUCUGGGAUUGGACAUGGGAUGAGAUCGUGUCUCGUGAUCUGCCUGCUGUUAUUGCUUUUAUCUCCCAACAAACUAGCCAAAAGAUCCACUACGUCGGACAUUCCCUGGGAACUUUGAUUGCAUUGGCAUCUCUCUCUGAGGGAAAACAGUUAGACAAGCUGAAAUCAGCUGCUUUGUUAAGCCCCAUUGCAUACUUGAGCCAUAUGACCACUGCACUCGGUGUUCUUGCUGCCAAAGUCUUUGUUGGUGAGAUUACUAUAGUAUUUGGUCUGGCUGAGUUCAAUCCAAAAGGUGAAGAUGUGAGCCGUUUCCUCAAAGGCCUUUGUUCAGAUCCAAAGGUUGAUUGUUAUGACUUAAUGUCUGCUCUUACAGGGAAAAACUGCUGCCUCAACGCCUCAACUGUCGAUGUUUUCUUAAGAAACGAGCCUCAGUCUACCUCAACUAAGAACUUGGUUCAUUUGGCUCAAACUGUUAGAGAUGGGGUUUUGGCGAAAUAUGACUAUGGAAAUCCUGCUUUCAAUAUGGAACACUAUGGGCAACCAAGGCCUCCAAUCUAUAACAUAUCCAACAUCCCAAGAAACUUCCCUUUAUUUAUGAGCUAUGGAGGCCAAGACGCUCUCUCGGACCCCAAAGACGUGGCUACUUUGCUUGAUGAUCUGAAGCUGCAUGAAGAAGGGAAGCUAAGCGUGCAGUACAUCAAGGACUACGCUCAUGCCGAUUUUAUCAUGGGUGUAACCGCAAAAGAUGUUGUUUAUGACAAAAUCAUCUCCUUCUUUCGAAGAAACCAAUAGAUAUAUAUAUAUAUAUAUGUGUGUGUGUGUGUGUGUGAAAAAUGUGCGGCUUUUUGCCAUGCCAAUCGCUAAUCUUUGAUUUUUAGCCCCACAUCAUCAAAUCGAACAUGUCAAAGAAGUCCAUAAUAAAUAUAUAAUAUAUCAGAGUC